GAUUGUCUAGUGUUACAGCUCAAGGUUUGCUUGGUAUCGCCCAUUAGCAUCCUUCUUAUUUCUCUUGCCGUCUUUUUUUUUUCCUCUUGCUGCAGAAAGGGGCCUGAUUGAAAACCCUCAACUCCUUUUUUUUUUAACUAUAAUUUUGCUGAGCAGUUCUCAUCCGUUCAACUCCCCUUUUGUCUUCUUUACCUCUCUCUCUUUCUCUUUAUAUAUGUAUGUAUAAGUGUAUAGCUUUUGAUUGCUUUUCUUUGUUUCUCUUUUGCGUUUCAUAUAAAUAUAUAUAUAGCGCUCUUCUCUUGAUUCGUUUGCCGCUACGCUUCUUUUGUCCCUUUAUCACCUUUCUCCCUCUCUUGUUAAACUAGGGCUCCUCCAAGAGUAAAGCGGAAAGAACUUGAGGUUCAACAAACAACGGAUCUGGCGGUUAUUAUUAUUAUUUUCUCCUUAUUUCUUCAUCUCCAACUGAACACGCAGGAGACGAGGAGGAGCACGUCUUUUCUUUUGUAUGUUUUACCUGAAAGAGAUUUCAAGACCUCGAUCGAGACUGCCAGCGGCAAUUUGAGCUACAUCAUUCAUUUUAAAAAUACAUCGCUGUGGAGCUCAUACGCCUCUCCUUCUCUGGUUCUGCUACUUUGCUCCUUCUACGUCGCACUGCUCACGGCUGUCCUUUCAUUUGUCGCCGUUCACUCUUGCUUUGUGCCGGUAUUAUUUCGAUUCGCCCUGUAAAAAACAGGAAAUCACCUCGGGAGGAAGAAAACAUAUUCAUACGAAGAUGCCCUCCUCUUUUUCCGCUGAGGCCACGAUGUGGAUGCAGAACGCCGUUCAACUGGACACGAACGGCCGCUACGUGGAAGCCGAAGAGUGCUACACGAAAGCGAUCUUUGUCUUUCGCCAAGCUCUGCAGGACCUCAACAUGUCGGAUGCGGAGCGACAGUCACUGAUGAACUACAUGAGCGACGUCGCUAAGCGGAUUCAGCGACUGCGCGCGUUAAACCGCAACGCACAGGUCGCACACGCCGCUGCCUUCCCCAACGCCGGCCAUCCGCCCGACUCAAACGUGACGUCACCUGCGGGCUCGCCGGGUCGUCACGCGUCGAUCCCAGCCUCUCCGCAGGACGUGAGCGACAGCGGGCGAUCACCACCGCCGCUGAUGUCAUCGCCACCGAACGGGAUCGACAACGACCUCGCUGUGCUGGGUGCGAUCAAAAUUAGCGCAGCUGAUCCGGGUGCUUCGAACAGUCACGGAAGCAGCCGCAGCAGCGACAACAGCGCCAGUAAGCCGACCGUCUCGGCAUCAUCUGGGCGAUCUGGUCCAUCGGCGUCCGCCUCUCCAGGGCCGGGCAUUGCCAUGCCUGCUUCUCCCCGUCCUCCACCGGCUGACUCCAACAAGAGUGGAGGGAAGCCAGGCGGAUCACCGGGGACCCCGCCCCCCUCUGGUGGCGGUGGCGGUCUUCCACCUCCGCCUCCACCACCGAAGCCUUUCGGUGCGGCUGCCCACUUUGCCCCCCGCACCUCCGAGAUGGUUUACAAGGCUAUCGAGGUCGCCAUCGCCCUCAGUCGACAAGGGGAGCUGAAGCGGGCCGUCGAUGUACUGCAGUACGCCUACACACAGGGCAGCCGAGAACGCAACAACCCCGGCAACUUCAAGGAGAUCGCAGAGACGCUGAAGUUCAUGCGGCAGAAGUACUACGACCGCUACCCGCCACGCUUCUUACAGGACAACCCGAUUCUGCCGGCAGAGAUGGAGCUGCUGCGCAAGAGCGGCAUUACGAGCACGAUUUUGCUGCCUCUCUGGGACGAUUUGCAGGAGGGCUACGGCGCCGAGAACAUCUUCAUGCCCUGCGAGGGCGUCUGGGAGGACGCCUUUACGCCGAAGCUGUGCCGGAAGCAGAUAACUGCCGGUGCGAAACUGAUGCACUUCGGCGAUUACCAGCAGCAGGGCCUCGAGUACACCAUCGUGCGCGAUGCCGACCCGCUGCACAUCCAACAGAGCGUUAUUGGCGACUGCUCGCUCGUGUGCAGCUUGAUGAUCUGCGCCAGCUAUCAAAAGCGCUUCCCGAACGCGAAAAUCAUUAGCAACGUCAUCUACCCGCAGGACCGCGACGGCAACCCGAUCAUUAACCCAAAGGGUAAGUAUUGCGUGAAGAUGCUCGUCAACGGCAUUACCCGCAUCGUUACCAUCGACGACCGUCUCCCUGUUCGCACGCACUCAAAGCACUUCCUCUGCACCAGCAGCACAGACCCCAGCGAGUUGUGGGUGUCGCUGAUGGAGAAGGCGUUUGUGAAGAUCUGCGGCGGCACCUACGACUUUCCCGGCAGCGUGAGCUACACGGACCUGUACAAGCUGAGCGGGUGGUUGCCGGACUCCACGCUGUUCGGCAAGCCGGAGUUUGACGAGGAGUUCCAGUGGACGCGCCUCUACCAGAACUUCAACUCCGGCGCGCUGCUCUUCACCGUCAGCACCCCGUCCGACAUGCCGCCAGCGGAUGUGAAGCUGGGUCUUGCUACCGGCCACGCCUACGCGGUGCUGGACAUGCAACACAUCGAUAAGGAGCGUGUAUUGCUGCUGCGCAACCCGUGGGGCAAGCAGGAAUGGCUCGGCAAGUUUGGCAAGCACGACACGAGCGACAUCAGUAUGGAGGUCCGCAAAGGCUUCAACCUCACCCGAGAGCAAGAAGAGAUGGGCUGCUUCUGCAUUGCCUACGAGGACGUCAUCCGCUGCUUUGACCAGUGCAGUCUGAGCUGGAACCCGUACAUGCUGUACCGCACCUCGGAAGGCAAGCCGCGUCGCCCGGUGCGCAUCGCGUGCCACGGCACAUUCAACUACACGAAGAGCACCGCGCUGAUGCCGCAGCUGCACAUUGGCGUGGUGGACGCGCCGAAGCGGACGCGCAUGCAUUUAAUUCUCUCCCGCCACAUCACGGAUGUGACGGAAUUUGGUCGGCAGUACGACAAGGACGAUGAGUCAACGCCGUACCUCGCGUUGAAGGUGUACGACGUGACGGACUACCCCUCCGUGGCACAGCACCUCGGCGGGAAGUGCUCGCUGGAGAUGUGCUACUGCCGCCGACUGGCCUCCAAUGCGGACUUCGAGGGCGGCGUGGAGCCGUUAAACGAUGUCAUCUAUCGCUCUUCCUCUGCGCGCACCUUCAGCUUUGAUUGCCCGGCUGGGUCGAGUAAUUUGGUGGUGGUGGUCUCCCGCACCUCCUCGAGGGUGCAGCAGCCCUUCAACUUUACUGUGACGCUGCACACCGAGCUGGAGCAGAUGCGGCUGCCUCGUCUCCAGGCUAACUACGGAAGCGCCACCGAGGACGCGAACUCGCUGCUGGCAUCGGCGAAUGCGACGGCGGGCAACCCCAACGCCGGCGUCUACAUGCACAUGAUCCCCGCCUCGGCGCUCAAGUACACGAGUCGGCUGACGGGUGCGUGGGUGAAGGGCAAGACGUGCGGUGGUCGCACCGACGCCGCGACCUACGUCUUCAAUCCGCAGUACCGCCUGCACCUAGAGCAGCCCUCGCACGUCUCGCUGCGGCUGGCCGUGAGUGGGACGGAGAGCUCCUGCGCGAUUCAGCUCGUGCGGCCCCGCGGUAGCGGCGAUAACGGCAGUGGCGUGGACGCGGCGAAGGCGCGCAAACUCAUCCGUUUCGACGGCCGCGUGGGCAACGGUGCGAAGGAGGGGGAGUUGGUCUUGGAGAGCGCACGCUACGCCUUUGGAGGGGCCGUGGUGGACAGCGCCAUGCCUUUCUGCGUCUGCUACGAUCGCUACCGCAGCUUGGGCAAGCUGAAGUGGAAGCAGUCGAAGAAGGUGGUUGUGAGCGUGGUGACGGAGGACCGCAAGACAGAGUCGCUGGUCGUCUACGAUGUUGAGGAGACAGACAGCGUGAGUGUGCUGCUGCUGAAUGUGAUGAAGAAGGGCUACGCCGCCUCCCCGCGGGCGUCGCAGUUCGGCGUGAACGGGAAGGCGGUCGCACUGGAGAGCACCGUGGCUGCUCUCUUUCAGCUUGCCUCGAGCCUAGGCGGGACGUCGUUGGCGGCAACGCCCCCGCCAGCUGCAGACGAGGGCGUGAGCGGUGCGAGAUCGGUGACGGUCACGGUGGUGCUCGGCCCGAAGUCCUCGGCGAUCAAGAACGCCAGCAGCGCGCCAGCAACGCGGUUAAAAGACCUGCUGCACGACAUCGUCUCCGACGUGGUGCGGUGCGCCUCGCAGUUCAGCAGCUUCGUUCCGCGGCUGACCUACCUGGCCCGGCAGGCGAAGCGCACGCUGACCAGCCCGGCCGAUGCCGACGUGCGGGACUACAUUCUGGAGGCUGCCGCGUACCUCGGCGACUACGUCAAGACGUGGUCGAGUGCGGUGCGGCACCCGCAGACCCCGCAGACGCUGCUGCCUGUCCUGCCAGCUGGCGACUACACACUCAUCCCAUCGCUGUGGGACAAGGGUGCACCCGGUCAGUACGACGUCAUGGUAGAAACAACGCAGCCGCAUAAGCUGACGGAGAUCCCCGAGGAGGGCAAUGGACUGCAUGAGACGCUCGUGCGGGGUGAGCUGCGCGGUGGCGCCCCGCGGCUGAGCCUCUCGCUCAUGAAACCCGGCGCCGUCAUACGGAAAGAGGAUCCCUUCUUCACGAACAGCAAGGUGCAGGUGGUGCUGCCCACCCGGGGCCUUUUUGCGAGCCGACUCUUCGUGCUCAUGGACAUGGCAGACGCAGAGGCAAAAGGGCAGCCGACGAGGGCGCCCGCCACAAAUCUUAGUCUCUUCCGUGUACGCGACAACUCCUCCAUGGAGUUGGUGUGUGCCUCGGACGGCUACUCCUUUGGCGGUAUCGCGACGCCGCUGGUGGAGCUCGAGGGCAAGACUCCGUAUCUGCUCGUCGUGAGCGCGGAGGGCUCGUCGACGGAUAAGUAUUUACUCCGUAUCUACAGCAAUGCAAGCUGUGACGCGAAGUUGUCGCAAUGA